GCAGACUAUGUACACUUUCAGUUUUAUUUCAUUGCGAAUCUAGUCUAUAUGUAUAUAUAAUUUAUGAUUGUACGUUCGCGCGUAAAUUGUAUGACUUUAGCUAUAAUUUACUCUUGUCACAUGUCGAUACUUAUGAACGCAAAAUUUUUAAAAUUUAUCGUUCUGUAAAAAUAAUCAAUUAAACAUCGAUAUGUGGUCAUCAGAUUUGGAUAGCAGUAUAAAUCCUCGAGGUGGAUUUUUAGAAAGUUUGAACAAAACAGACGGAAUAAAAGAGCGUAAAAAACAAACUAUUGUACCUGCUAUGAUAGGAAAUUUACUUUCAUUUUCUUCCACUGAUGAACCAAAAUUAUGGGAAAUCCCGGUUCGUAUGUUUAUGAUUGUUGGAUUAGUACGUAAUGUCGAAGAGACAACAACAAAAAUAUCAUAUGACAUUGAAGAUGAAACAGGUACAAUCACUGCGCUCAAAUGGUUAGAAAUGGAUAAAAAGACAUCAGAUACUACAAUGCAAAUAAAUACAUAUGUUCGCAUAGUUGGUUUUCUUAGAGAACAAACUGAUAAGCGACAUAUUUUAAUUUUACGAAUGUGGCCACUACAAACCUUGAAUGAAUUAACAAAUCAUAUUCUUGAAGUUACUUAUGUUACACUGAAAGCUAAAAUGAUGGCAAAAGAUGUUACAACAUUAGAGAAAGAUCAAGACAAUAAAAAUGAUCUAAACGGAGAAGCUGCUUAUUAUGGAAUGUCAGAAGCACAAACUUUAGUUUAUAAAAUUAUUCAUGCACAAAAUGAUACUGAAUCUGGUAUUGAAAGAGAUAAAAUUAAAGAAAAAGUGCCAAACUCGCUUUCAGGGAAAGUAGAUGAAAUUUUAGAUUUUUUAUCUUCUGAAGGCCAUAUAUAUACAACGAGUUCAGAUGAUUAUUUUAAAACAACUUAA